AUGAGUCUUCAGACUCAGGGUACCCACGCCACUUCACCAGAUAUUGUUAGUGACCAUGACAACGACGUCGUUGGAGUAACCGCUUCACAUGGAGCUGUAAGUUCCAUUGCUUGUCAAGCAACGCCGGUGGCGGUAGGAGUAUCGGAUGAAAGCCAAGAUGAGUUGGUGAAGAAAGUGGAAGAUCUCCGUGAGAUUUUGGGUCAGACUCAGAACACCCUUGGCGAAGCCCGAUCUCGUCUGGCGACUUUGGAAGGCGAUCGCGCCCGUCUUCAGAAGAUGGAGUCACGUCAGACUCGUGUCGAGGCUCAACUUGACCUCUUAAUUUGGAUGCAACAUCCUGAGGCAACGCAAAUGUACGCGGCGCAAGCGCCUUCUAGUCAACAUGGGACGGGUGCCGGCAUGGAUUGA